UCAUUUGCUGGAUAAGACAGACAGUUGUGUACCGUAUGAUCUCACUUAAUCGUUUAAUACAUCAAAUCUUAUACUGCGUAGCCUGUUUGCCGUGGGGCCUAGAGCCAGCUGUUCCCUGGAAACGUCAUAUAGAGGAGACAUUUGUCCCGCCGCUGUCGGAUGCUGAAACGCGCAAUCAGCCUGUGGAUGCUUGAUGUCCAUCAUGAAACGCAAUGCUGCACUGGGUACCGAGUGUUAGGCACAGCGCGUUUGCAACAAAUGAAUUACAAGAAAUCAAUUUAGCUGCCAGAUAUUCCUGUGGUGCGGACGGUUGAAGGUGGUCCUUCUCCUCAGCAAUCUGCUUCCUGUCUUCUAUUGGAUUGUGGAUAACAAGAAGCCUUCAAGACGGAGGGGGUGGUGGAGCAUCGAGGGAAAAAUAGGGGCAAUAUGAGAGAGCGGGACUUCAUGCCCAAUAUGGAGAGGGGCAAACCUGCUACUUAUACGGGGGACAAAAAGGCUAAGAUGGCUGCGAAGACUAACAAGAAGUGGGUGAGACUAGCCACUGUUUUUGCAUAUGUAUUGUCCGUGUCUUUAGCAGCCAUUAUCCUGGCAAUUUACUACAGCCUAAUCUGGAAGCCAACCAGUGCAUCCUCAUCUGCGGGGAAGCCAGGAGUGCCCGGGGAGGUCACCCCCACCGCAAACAUCUCAACUAACAUUUCCACAAGCAACAAUGUCUCAGAGUGGAACUCUACCCAGAGCGGAGUGUUGUCUCUCAACCAGACCAGGCAGGUCACAACCCCGUACAGUCAUGCGUUUCAAUGGGACGACAGAGCCGAGAGUGUGGCCGUCUCUGGAGCAGAAAUUGCGCACUCGCAGCAGGAGGAAGGACUCUACGCGUCUUCCCGCGGCCACACGAGCACCGAUAGAUCGGACACAUCGGAGAGGCAGACGCACGCGUCUCCAAGCGGAGAGAGCCGCGACACCCCGCCAAGCACCGGGGAGGCUGAGGGCGAGGAGGAGAUGGAGGCGCACAGACUGGGCGACGGGGCGAGUGACAAAAGCGACCCCGACCAGGCGGCUGCAGAUGCUGCCACUGCUCCCUCAACAUCCCCGAAGAGCCGAGCUGGUCCGAGAGGAGACUGAUCGGGCCGCAUUCCCCUUCCACCACAACCCCCCUCUCUCACACACAUAAACAACCCUUCAAGGAGUAUGUUUUUUUUCAGAAUCAGUGCCGCAGGUCGGAUUACACACAGGUCUUCACUUUGAACUCAUUUCGCAGAGCCUCUUAUGGAUGCUUAACUGCACAUAUUAACUGACAUCUUGCUCUGGAAAAGAGGAGACGUCGCUUUCUCGGUGAACACUGUUUCCCCUCCAACACUAACUGCGUUUUUGUUAUUAUUUUAGGCCAUCUGUAUGCCUUAAAUCAAUGUGUGUCUACUUUACCUCGGACACUGACCUGCCUGUGCGCGUGGAUGACACUGGUGUAGAUGUUUUGUUAAACUAAUAGGACUCCAGAGAUGCGUUUGGUUUUGCAGGGCAUCAAUAUUUGUCACAGGCAAACAGCGCUUAACACCACUGCCAUUCAUCGGCUAGUCUAAAUCAAUACUGCAUUUUUGCAUUUUAACAUAUAGGCUGUACUGUAUUUUUCAUGGGUCAAAUCCGGAUUUGGAGUAGAAGAACCUGCAUUAUUGAGUUAUGCUCAGGUAUGUGCAUAUAACCAUGUAAAUGUAUUGUGUAUUUGGUUAUGUUCAUAUAGAGCAGGCAUACAUCUUUUGGGCCUGUAAUUAGAUUAUUUUUUGUAUGUAUAAUAGGUAUAACUAUAUCACAAGGUACAAAUAAACAUCCUUAGAAAAAUA